AUGGCUGAAAUUUCCGAUCCAACAGUUGGUGUUGAUUUUUACGCGAGAAUGAUUGAACUUCGACCAGGAUAUCGAGUUAAAUUGCAAUUAUGGGAUACUGCCGGGCAAGAAAAAUUCAGGUAAGCUAAUUUUUUAUUAGGAAAUUCAUAUCAGAUAGUAUACUUUCAGAUCAAUAACUCGAUCUUAUUAUCGGAAUUCAGUUGGUGUUCUUGUUAUAUAUGAUAUAACAAAUCGUGAAAGUUUUGAACAUGCUGCAGAAUGGCUAAAAGAAGCCCAACAAAAUGUCGGUGGUCCAAAUCCAUCAAAAUGUGUAUUCCAAUUAGUCGCAACAAAAUCCGAUUGUGCAGAAAGACGUCAGGUGAAUUAUGAAGAAGGUGAAUAUUUUGCAAAAUAUCAUAAGAUGCAAUUCAUCGAAACAUCGGCCAAAACUGGUGAAAAUGUGGCUGAUGCUUUUUCAAUGGCUGCUCAGGAAAUCUAUAAACGAACACAGGAGGGAGUUUUGUCACCGUGUGAUGGUUGGGAAGGUUUGAAAACUGGACAUAUGCGAUCACAUUCAAUUUGCCUUUCUGAACAAAGUUAUCGACGCACUGAAUCAUCAGGUUGUUCUUGUUAA